UUGGGCCGCUAGUCCAACAUUUAUCAGUAAAAAAAAAUAUCAGGAUCCAGACUAACUCAGAAUGAAUCUGGAACGGCUGCCCAAUGAGGAGAAACUCAGCUUAUGCAGGAAGUAUUACUUAGGUGGCUUUGCGUUUCUCCCUUUCUUGUGGUUGGUAAACGUCGUGUGGUUCUUUCGAGAGGCCUUUGUAAAGCCAGCGUACACUGAACAGCUGCAGAUAAAGACAUAUGUGAAGCGAUCAGCAUUGGGGCUCCUUUUAUGGAUUGCAGUACUCACAACUUGGAUCACCAUUUUCCAGCAUUUCAGAGCAGAGUGGGGGGAGGUGGGAGAUUACCUCUCCUUUACAAUUCCACUGGGCAUUCCUUGAGACAUUUUUCGACGGCAGGUCUUCUGAAAACAACUCAUGAUCCACUGUAAUGGACCAAAGAAUUUUCCUUCUUUAACCGUAGUGAAAAAUUCUGGUUUGUCAGGUUUCUGCAACUAAAUUCAGUGGAUGAAUCGUACGUUAACAUCUCACAUCUUCAAAAGAUAAAUGCUGUAGGACACAGAAAUUCCAUUUUGUGCUUUCCAAUGCAUUUGAGAAAGUUGUUUGGUUUUAGAAUAGGCUGAUUAAUCUUGUAUAACAGACGAUGUUGAUUAUCAUUAACAGUUUAUAACGGUGAAGCUGGAUGUGCAUUCAGGUUCGUUCAAGACACUGAACAAUAGAUUCAUCAAUCUGUUUUUCUUGUUUUCAAAAUGUUCACUGUUGAGGUUAAUGUUUGUGUAUGACUGUGCAACCCAAACCUUUUUUUUUAACUGUGUGUGAAUGAUGAAUAAAAAAAUAUCCACCAUG